AUGUCUUAUUCUUUCGUGUUUUUCAAAUUGCCGCAGAACGAAGGCGUGUUCGGGAACAUAACCGGAAACUCUACGCCUGCACCCUCACCGUUGCCACAUUCUGAUUCCCUUCGCGCUGACUCAUCUAUCAACUUCCAGGUGAUUCAACGUCGGUCCAGAUCUGAAGCCGAGAACAACUACUUCGAGAAAGUUAUCAAACAUUACGAGAGUGGAUUUAAAACACAGGGGGGAGCUUCGUGGAUAGGACUUGAUAAUCUUCAUGCACUUACGAGUUUUCCGAACAACCAACAAGCUCUCAGAAUCGAACUGACAAAAAUAGGACAAAGGGAACCGACAGUAUUGCUCUAUCACAAAUUCGUCGUCGGCUCCAAACAGGAGGGUUACAAGCUGACCGUUGCCGACUACGAGGGUCCUCAUCAAGAUUACGACGCGUUGUCCUACCACAACGGACAGAAGUUCACCGUCAAGAAGAGCAUGACGCAGCCACCCGACGGAGACAGAUGCUCCGCAAGACUAAGUGGUGGCUGGUGGUUCAAGGAUUGCAACGAGGCAAAUCUUAACGGACGUAAAUUCACCUACACUUCGCCAACAAAGGCCCUCGGUAUUACCUGGCACAUCAAAGGCCAAGAAGAAUCCUACUAUUAUCCCUACGACAGUGUGGAGAUGAAGAUCAGGGACUACGACUAUGGUUUCUGCACGGGCGCUUUUAGAUCCAAACGUAUCUAAUUUCUAAUUUCUGCUUCGGUGCAAAAAAAAAAAAAGCACUAAAUUGAGCGGAAGUUGCCAUUUACGAUAUGC